AACAGGCUACUCAACUUCAUGAAAGUCGGGUAACUUAUUGUCAUUGUCAAAUGCCCAGACUUUUCGGAGCUACCAUGAUGUCUUUUGCAUACGCCACGAACUCUUCUAAUAGAUCGACAGAAUAACCCCAGGCUCACCUGACGCUCAAUCAUCAUCCGUUUUGAUGCCGAUACUAAAAUACAGACUGGUUAUCCCACCCACCGAAGAUCCCGCCGCUUCUCCAGGUUCGACACCUUCCUUACAUGUACAGCCGGGUUUUCUGGGGAUAUGCGAUCCAGCGCGGUGUCAUCCUGCGCUAUUCGUACUGUGUCAUGAGUCUUAGCGAGUUGAUUCAUGUGCACAUCGGCAAUGCUAGCCCGCACUUUUACCAACCGCAACAUAAAUUCUAAACAUAUAAAAAGAGGCUUGCUAGACUCUUGGAAAACCAGAGUCAAGUUCAACAACUCUUACUCCAUCCACCACUUACCUUCUCUUCACGCCAUCAACGUCUCUAGUCAUGCACUUCACAUCUGUCCUCUCAACCCUCCUCUUCGCCGGUGCUGCUUUCGCAGUUCGCGCAGGCUUUGACAACACCUAUGACAACGCCGGAGGCGAUAUGAACACGGUUUCCUGCUCAACGGGACCCAACGGCCUCUCAGGUCGCUUCCCAACCUUUGGCAAUCUGCCAACCUUCCCGAACAUCGGCGGCUCAAGCUCUAUCGCUGGCUUCGGUUCCGCGGAAUGUGGUAGCUGCUGGCAACUUACUUUCCCGGAUACGGGUGUAACGAUCACCGUCACUGCUAUGGACCACGCUGGAGACGGAUUCAACCUAAGCCAGGAGGCACUUGACACGCUUACGAACGGAAAUGCGGUUCAGGACGGUGUUAUCCAGGUCAACGCCGUGCAGGUCGACAAGUCCCAGUGCGGCUUGUAAGGUCGUGCGAACACAUAGUAACCUGCCCAGUAGAUAUGGCGGUCAGAAGAGAAUUUCUUGGGAUUUCAGACUUAAUCAUGCAAUCGGACUUAAAGAACAAUAGUUAUGAUAGAAUGGACAUUCCGCAUGUAUUGGGUAAUACGACACGAUUUUUUAAGCAUUCAGUUUCGAACACUCGUAUAAGUAUAGCGCCCUCAUGACGACUGCGACGGGUUUUAGAUCACUCUUCUUUUUUUAAAAUUCCGACCUGCUGCCUCUGUCAGGCAUGCGGACGUUUAUGCAAGCCACGGAUUUCUUUCGACUGGUUGACGAGAAUGAAAUUUGGUAAGUAUGUAAGGCUCGACAUGAGCCUGUUUCCUCAUCGCAUACCAUGCUAAGUAUGUGUUAUGUUAAUGUGCUUUAGAACAGGCCGUAUAAUGCCGAUAUACUCACGCCAAGACCGUUCACAAGUUGCUUUACUCACUUGUAGUAUCAUGUGACUGGAACGACUUGACGCGCAUACAUCCACUUUUCCAAGCUAUUUUAACCCUCCAUCUAUGAAAUCAAGGGUAUGAGCCUGACGUGGUGAUGGAGGCAACUCUGUACAAAAGACCACACAUCACAUAUCAAACUCGUGUAUGAGAACUAUGUUUUGUAAAUAACGUUUUUCACAGGGCUGACCCUGCGCGCAC